UAUACGUUCCCCAGCGAUACUCUUCGCUAGUAGCCUAGAAACCUAUAUUCUUUACUUUACUUAGCUUUACUAAGCAACAACGACGUUUACAGGGUGUUAAACGUUACUAUGUGAGGUGAUGCUAAUCUUAUUGUUUAUAAUGAAGAGAGAAACGCUCCGGUGAAUUGGCCUCUGCGGGGCUAAAAAUACACACUCGCCAAAUUAGACUUUAGCUGAGCUGCUGUAGCUAACGUUAGCUAACAGCUGCCAGCCUCUGUAACAGUAGCUUCUAGUUUCGGAACAGUUACAGCAGAAAAAAAUGGCCGAGGCAGUCGCAAAUGUGGUCCGGAGGAUUAAUGCAACCGUAGAGGAGGGGAAUGAUACACUGGACCUGUCAAACUGCAAGCUCAUUUCCUUCCCAGAUGGUGUGUUUAAGCUCCUCAGGAGUGUCUCAGACAACAUCCGCGUUAUCACACUGGCUGACAAUAUGAUGAAGACCAUUUCCAGCAAACUCUUUUCAACCUUCCCUCUGCUAAGAGAACUGGACCUGCGAGGAAAUGUAAUCACCAAACUGCCCGAGAUCGUGGGAGGAAUGGAGCAUUUAACAUACAUCAAUCUGGCUAAUAACAGCUUCUCCAUCUUCCCUGACAAGCUGACUGAAAUAGCCACACUGGAGAGGAUUAAUUUGGAGGGAAAUGGCAUCACAGAAAUACCAGUGGAGAAGUUGAAUGACAUGCCAGCACUGAAGUGGCUGAACGUGAAGUCGAACCCUUUGGACUCAAACACUCAGUCUGCUCUGCAAUCUCCCCACAAUUAUGAAACAGAAUGCUAAAAUAUGUCAUAUAUUUUUUUUACCCACCACAGACUGCAUGCUGUGUGCCUUCUAGCUACUUCAGUUGGAUGCUUUGGUGUGCCUGAGAGAUGAGGAAAAAUACUUGAAGAUAUCAAAACGGUUUACAAGAAUCAAAGAAAACCGAGGCUUUUUAUUAAGGAUAGCGACCUCCUUGAUUAAGGUGUUCAGUUCUGCUGAUGACUUCACCCUACAGCCUCAUUUUUAUCCUCUUUUUAUGAACUACAAAUAGACGAAAUCAAUCAAUUAUUUAUUCCUUUUGAUUGUAUAAAAAAGUUUUUUUCCAUUAAAAAUGAUGCUCUGGAAACUAUGCAGUCUUGCAUCAUUAUUUUUCACUGGGUGACAGUUAUUCAUAUUCACAUUAGACCAAUUUUACCAAAAUGUGUCCUGGUGUAAAGUUCAGCUGUACUGUUCUUUUUAAGACUGCUGCUGAUGAUAGUGUU